CAUUCACCAAUGACGUACGAAUAUUCCCGACCUUCCAGAGAUUCCCUUUGGGUCAGCAGGACAGCAGGAGGCGACCGUGAUUGUGAUAAGUGGAGAUAAGGCACCGAAUUAAGCGGAAAAAUGUUUCAUCGCUUCUAAUAUCUUGGGUGUUGGCAACGAAAGCGUAAAAAUGGCAAUGUACAAGGGUUUUCGCGUCUUGGAAAAGAACCAGCCGCCGAAUCCGCUCAGCAUUCUGCUGGAACACCGUGGUAAAGAAGAGACACUACUCUUUGAAAGUCAAGCUGUUGCUGUUUUAUCUGCACAAGAAACAGAUGCUGUCAAGAAACAAUACACCAAGAUAUUAGAUGCAUACAGUUGUCUUGGAGUCCUCCAACUGAAUGCUGGAGAGUCAAGUGUGCUUUAUCUUGUGAUGGUCACAGGAUGUUUCUCAAUGGGAAAAAUUGGAGACUCAGAGAUAUUCAGAAUCACUCAAACACAAUUCAUUCCAUUACACUAUCAACAUUCAGAGGAAAGAAUAGCAGAAGUGAGGAAAUUACUCAACUCUGGUACAUUCUACUUCUCAUGGGCAGGCACAGGCACUUCCACAAUCCCCAUAAAAUCUCCACUUGAUUUAACCCUCUGUGCCCAAAGAAAAGCUCGCACUUCACUAACAGACCACAGAUUCUUUUGGAAUCGUAUGCUGCACAUCCACCUGGUGCGUUUCGGCAUUGAAACCUCCUCAUGGCUGGUGAAAGUAAUGUGUGGAUCAGUGGAAUUACGCACUGUUUAUGUCAGCCAUCGCAAGGCAAUCGCCGCUGUUAUUUCACGACUCAGCUGUGAACGAGCUGGAACACGAUUUAAUGUACGAGGCACCAAUGAUGAAGGCCAUGUGGCAAACUUCGUCGAAACUGAACAAGUAAUCUUCAUCGAGAAUGAAAUAUCCUCAUAUGUACAAACACGUGGAUCAGUCCCACUUUUCUGGGAGCAACCAGGGGUGCAAGUAGGUUCACACAAAGUGAAAUUAUCCAGAGGAUACGAAGCAUCACGAUCCGCAUUUGAUAGACAUAUGAGUAUGAUUAAAGAACGAUAUGGAAGACAAGUUAUUGUCAAUCUCCUGGGUACCAAUCUAAUUGGUAGCAAGGAGGGUGAAAGUACACUUAGUAAUGAAUUCCAGAAGCACCACAAUGAAUCCCCACACACAGACAUUCCACAUAUUGUCUUUGAUUAUCACCAGGAGUGUCGCGGUGGUAACCAAACAAAUCUAUCGAAAUUAAAAUCGAAAGUUGAUCAACAAUUACAAGAGCAUCAGUUUUAUCACGCUGAUGGCACUAAUGUGUACUGUCAACAAACAGGUACAAUCCGAACAAAUUGUUUGGAUUGUUUAGAUCGUACCAACUGCGUUCAGACCUUCUUCGGUUUGGAAACGUUGAACAAACAACUGCAGGUGAUGAAUAUGAUCGAUAAGAAACAAACAGUCACACGGUUUGAAGAAGUGUUCAAACAAAUGUGGGUUAACAACGGGAAUGAAAUCAGUAAAAUCUACGCGGGGACCGGUGCAAUCCAAGGAAGUUCCAAGUUGAUUGACGGGGCAAGAUCAGCAGCAAGGACAAUUCAGAAUAAUCUCUUAGACAACUCAAAACAGGAAGCCAUUGAUAUCCUCCUCGUGGGAUCCACAUUGAGCACUGAACUUGCAGACAGAGCAAGAACUCUUCUACCUUACAAUACUCUUCAUGCUCCACCACAUGUCCUGCGAGAAAUGUGUCGUCGUUACACAGAGUAUACAACACCAAUGGAGUUGCGUGUUGUUGUAGGGACGUAUAACGUCAACGGUGGGAAACACUUCCGAAGCGUUGUGUACAAAGAUGCUUCCCUGUCGGAUUGGUUAUUAGAUCCGCAAGUAACAAGCGGAAAUGGAAGUUUAAUGGAUGCUGCAAGUCCAAGUGAAGAUGGGAAGAUCCCAGAUAUUUUCGCGGUGGGAUUCGAGGAGAUUGUUGAUCUAAACGCAUCGAAUAUAAUGGCGGCAAGCACGGAAAACGCCAAGGCAUGGGCGGAAGAGUUACAGAAAGUGCUAUCACGAGAUAGAUCAUAUGUGCUUGUAUCAUAUCAACAGUUGGUCGGUGUUUGUCUCUAUGUUUACGUACGACCUGAACAUGUACCGUAUAUAAGAGACGUUGCUGUGGAUUCAGUAAAAACUGGUCUAGGAGGACACACGGGUAACAAGGGCGCUGCUGCAAUAAGAUUAGUCAUCAAUGCGACAUCCCUGUGCUUUGUCUGUGCACAUUUUGCUGCUGGGCAGUCGCAGGUUACAGAAAGAAACGCGGAUUAUGCGGAAAUCACAAGGAAAGUUAAUUUUCCAAUGGGCAGGACCCUGAAUUCACAUGAAUAUCUUUUCUGGUGUGGCGAUUUUAACUAUCGCAUUGAUAUGGAUAAAGAAGAACUGCGGGAGACUUUAAAACUAGGCGCACUUGAACUUCCCUUAGAGAAUGAUCAACUUAAAAAACAACAAGAGCAAGGUCUGGUGUUUAAGAAUUUCAUCGAAGGCGAUAUAACAUUCCCACCAACUUACAAGUAUGAUUUGUUCAGUGAUGAUUACGAUACCAGUGAAAAAUGCAGAGCUCCCGCAUGGACUGAUCGUGUCCUAUGGAGACGUAGACCCCUACUCCCUGAAAACGGCGAGGAGAACUUCAAUCCAGGUCAAUUGAUCCACUACGGCCGGGCGGAUUUGAAACAAAGCGAUCAUCGACCCGUAGUGGCCGUUAUCGACAUCGAGGCUAGAAGAGUGGAUGAAGAAGCGCGUGAUAAUGUAUUCUACCAGGUCAUUCGGGAUCUGGGUCCCCCUGAUGGUACUAUAAUAGUCCAUUGUGAGACACCCGCCCCCGAAGGGGAGGAAAGUGUGUUCGAUGAUAACUUAAUGAAUGCUUUACUAAUGGAAUUGUCUCAAUUCGGUGAUGCUAUCCUGGUGCGUUUUGUUGCGGAGACAAUGUGGGUGACAUUCCGGGAUGGACAGUCAGCUCUACAAGCCGCCGCUCGAAAAUCUCUUAGAGUAUUGGAUACAGAGUUGAUUCUGUCAUUGAAAACCCCCAAUUGGGUAGAACAAGCAAAAGAGGAGAUUGGAUUGUGUUCGAGUAACACUAUCCCGCUGUAUAAUUUAUCCCUGCAGGAAUAUAAUUGUUUGGGGAUACCUGAUGUAAAUAAACCCAAGGCACCACCAUGCCGCCCGCCACCACCCAGUGUGAGAUCACCAGCACCUCAGAAGAAAAUCACACCCAAAGCGGGUGUUAUUAGUAUCCCGCUUAAGCAGGUACCACCUGAGAUGCCUCCACCCAUGCAACCAACACAGGCACCACCCAUACCACCAUCGCCAUCUCAUCCAGUGGCCCCACCACCAAUCUCACCACCUCAGGUUGAUGAUAGUGGGAUUUAUGAAGAGAUUAAUGAUGAUAUUAUCAGUCGGCCGGAGCCACAGGGCCCUCCACCGCCGCCACCGCGUCCCGAACCAGCCAACCUACCGCCGUUGCCACAGCGGACGGCGGCGCCGCCGCCCGUGCCGGCACGUUCGGCGGGCCCGCCCCCGCUACCUGCUCGGCCACGUUAAACACAGCAUGUGCGUGUGUUUAGUACUAUUAGAUUAGGCAAAUUGAUUGCUUUGAUUUUUCGGUUGGCUGUACACUAGUCGGAGCAAUAUUUUUAGGGCCAGUAUUAACUCUUAACGAAUUUAAUAACUUGAUUGCGCUAGCCGCACGUUUAAUUUAUUCGUAGUCAACGUACUUGUAAUUAUUUCUUGCCGGCCAGCGGGUUUAUGUGCGUUUUGCGUGUUAGGUGGAUUCGAGACAGCAAUAUCGGUUUGUCAUUUUCUCCUGUAUGUAAGUGUUGUAAAGUCAAAUGCUGCAUAUUAUACAUUCCAUUUGAAACAAGAAUACAAACGAACAAAAUCUAUUAUAGUUAUGCAUUACAAUUUUAAACAUGAAAUGUUGCAUAUAUCAAUGUUAUAGUUACUUAAAGAAUAAUAAAUGGAUUAAAAUUUA